AUGGGAAAUCCAUCAGCCGAAAGGUUUAAUUGGACCCUUCUCAGAAUGUUAGGUACUGUUGCUGAAGAUCAUAAAUCUAAGUGGGCAGAUUUUGUUCCUUCUCUUGUUCAGGCUUAUAACGCCACCAAGAACUCUUCUACAGGUUUUUCUUCUCACUUUCUUAUGUUUGGAUGGCAUCCCCGUCUUUCUGUGGAUGCCUUUCUUGGUACUUUUCCUUCUAACUCUGAACAUCUUUCUCCUCCUACUUAUGUUUCUCGUUUGAAGGAACGCCUUCAAUAUGCUUAUCGGUUAGCUGGUGAUGUUUCCAAGAAGGGGCUGAUCAAAACAAGAAGCAAUAUGACCCUAGAGUUCGAGAGAAAUAUGCUUCUUCCAUUUAUUUCUAUUCCUGAAGAAGAUGCAGAUUCACCCGUUGAAACUAAGCCUAACCAAAACCUAGACGUGUUUCUAUACAGAAAGACAUCAAGUUCGGUCCAAAUUGAAGAAAGUAAUUCAUCAUCUGAUUCUGAAACUGCAUCAAGUUCGGUCCAAAUUGAAGAAAGUAAUUCAUCAUCUGAUUCUGAAACAGCAUCAAGUUCUGUCCAAAUUGAAGAAAGUAAUUCAUCAUCUGAUUCUGAAACAGCAUCAAGUUCUGUCCAAAUUGAAGAAAGUAAUUCAUCAUCUGAUUCUGAAACUGCAUCAAGUUCGGUCCAAAGUGAAGAAAGUAAUUCAUCACCUGAUUCUGAAACAGCAUCAAUUUCGGUCCAAAUUGAAGAAAUAAAUUCAUCAUCUGAUUCUGAAACAGCAUCAAGUUCGGUCCAAAUUGAAGAAAGUAAUUUAUCAUCGGAUUCUGAAACAACAUCAAGUUCGGUCCAAAUUGAAGAAAGUAAUUUAUCAUCUGAUUCUGAAACUGCAUCAAGUUCGGUCCAAAUUGAAGAAAGUAAUUCAUCACCUGAUUCUGAAACAGCAUCAAGUUCGGUCCAACUUGAAGAAAGUAAUUUAUCACCUGAUUCUGAAACAGCAUCAAGUUCGGUCCAAAUUGAAGAAAGUAAUUUAUCAUCUGAUUCUGAAACAGCAUCAAGUUCGGUCCAAAUUGAGGAAAGUAAUUCAUCACCUGAUUCUGAAACAGCAUCAAGUUUGGUCCAACUUGAAGAAAGUAAUUUAUCACCUGAUUCUGAAACAGCAUCAAGUUCGGUCCAAAUUGAAGAAAGUUAUUCAUCACCUGAUUCUGAAACAACAUCAAGUUCUGUCCCAAAUGUAGAAGAAACAAACGAUGAAGACUUCUAUGGUUUUCAUGGAUUAGGUGACCUACAGCUAUACCGAGUUUUAAGAGAGGACGAAUCUAUUGAAAACGGAAUAUUUUGUCAAAAUAAAAAUUCAAACAGAACUGUUGCACAGCAUAUUGCAUCGGGAUCAAAAUAUAAAUCAAAGUUCAUCUCAACUACUUCAAGUUUAGAUGUAGCCAGAUACUGGGCCUACUUUGAAAUGGAUACACGCGAAAGAAAAGCUAAAAAAGUACCUUCGAAAAUAGUAGAAAUAGAUAUUAAAGUACUUGCUGGAACCAACUACGAAAAGAACUGCAUCAAUCUGUGUGAUGAAGAAGUCAGAAAUCACUUUAUCAAAGGUGCCAUUCACAGAAAUUAUGCAAAGUCUUCUAGAGAGGUUCUUUUUGUAGAACAAAUUCCGAAGAAGGCAAUUCGAUUGAAAGAAGAUAUUUCUAGGCCAAACACCCCAUCUCCUAAAAAGGAAAAAAAAAGGAAAAAAGAAAGACAACGAUUUGGCUGCUAAGAUGAGUUCAAUGAGUUUGAAAAAUAACUAAUCAGAUAUUAUAUGUUGUUAUUGGCUCUUACUAUUUUACAACUAAAGUUUACAUUC